CGAAAGGGGAAUAAUGCGACGAGGGCAGUGUAGGGCACCUGUGCCGCACUCUAAUUGCGGUAGUGUUUUUAGCGGUGGCCAAUCAGCAGUGCAAAUUACAAGCUUGGUUGGCGGCGGAUCGUGCCGGCGGAUAUUUUUGGAGCUCCAUUGUCCGCUACGACAGAGAGCUGACUUGGGACGCUCAAAGGUACACAGCUGUAACCACAGCGCUGUUUAGCGAUCAGCAUGCCAAUCACGACUACAUGGACGUCAUUUCAGGGUUUGGUCCAAGACGACUGUAGCUUGGAUCCGGAUUCUGGGCGGGGGAGACGUCGUGUCAUGACGCCAGAUCUUGCGCAGCGACCUGGAAACCAAAACAAAACAUUGUCAGUCCACUGUGAACCACUAUAGUUUAUAGUGCUGUUAGGCCCCCAACCCACCCGCGGCAGUGAGACCACCCCAGCAUAUCUGAGACACACUCUUUUUCUCACCUUGCCAGGCUUUUCGUGGGGUAGCACUGUACCUGCAGCACAUCACAACACACUAGCAGAGCUAUUACUUUGCACCACGUUCGCUCCCUUGCUUGUCCCAUCAACCAUUCAUUUUUAACGUUUUUUUCUUUUCUUCUUUUCUUCUUUUCUUUUCUCUAUUCAAACCCGCCUCCGACUAGCUCAUUGUCUCUCUUUUUAUUUAUUUGUUUCUCUUGUUGUCCUCCACCGACUCAGCCUCCGCCCCCGCCUCGGCCAACUAACUAUCCAGCCAAAAACACCAAGAAAACAAGAAAACAACAAACACCACGCACCCCUGGCUUAGUGCCUACUGGUACCUAGCGCCACCAUCGACAGGACCCUCCACUAAGCCUCCCCCUUGCAAUCCCCUGUCCAACCGACCUGCGUACAGCUGGACCUGCUUGGUUUCUUUUUGCUGCGGGCAAUGAUUCAGGGCAGCAGCAGCAGCUGACUAUCUCCGUUCCUGAAAUCUUCUGGUUCAGGACUUUCUCUCCCCUUUAUCCUCACCUUCUUCCGGCGUGCCUACAAACUCUUAUACUUGAUAGGAAAAGGCACCUGGGCCGCCUUCAUGACGGCCUCACUGCUUCGAACCUGUGCUGCCGACUGUUCCCUGCACUUCUUUCAUGACCACCGCCGCCUUGCUCGCCCACUAUCCUCGGCUGGCGCAGCGUCCACAGCCGCUAUAUUAGCCCGCCCGUGGCUCCGCAACACCACUGUCAGGGCAGCCCCAUCGGUUCACUCGCCAAUACAACACCGCCAUCCCCGGCGACGCUCCAAACACCACCGCAACAAUUCGUUGACAAAAAUUGCAGCUUCAAUCGACUCGCUGGAUCGGUGUCGUAUUGAGCUGGACAUGGCCUCAAAUCAGGAAUUUAGGCGCAGACCCUCGGUCGCUGACAAGUCAUCCCCUAUCGACUCGAGUUCUCCUAUUUCCACCGCCACAACAACAACGCUCUUCUCCCCGACUCCUGAUAAAUCUUCACCAAAUGCUCCCACGAUAAACCAGCUCGCUGCCCGUCCUGCCAGAGUCAUCAGACACGGCAGACAUGGCUCCGAAGCUAUGCCGCCACCGCCAGCACCUAUGGAUGGUUCUUCAUCACGCACACGUAGGCAGUUUGGACAUGUCCGUGGUCACUCGACUACGUCUGCGUCUCGCCAUGCCAACAGAUUGUCGUUGACGUUGCCUAUCGUCAUCCCUCAGUCCGAUUCUGGCCGAUUGCCCACCUCGUUUUCUGCUUCUAGCAUCACGUCUAUUCCACAAAGCCCCGUCGACACUCCUGAUAAGCCUGACUUGUCUGAUCCUAACGAUUUUAUAAUAGCCAUCGCGGCGCAAGAACGCAAAGUACUGGAGCUACGCGAGGAACUCUCUCGAGCCGAAGCGGACUUAGUUGCUCUCAAGCGAAAAUGGGCUUCAAAGGAGGCCUUUAGUAAACGAGCCGAAACCUUACCUAUGGAGUCACCGUUAGCAACGCCGAUACCCGACGAGGCGGCAUCCCCCACGCGACAGAGCGUUGAUAUCGACCGAAGAAAGAUGCUAUUACAGAAUCAGACAUCCGUGCCUGCUACACCUACUCAGAACAGACGCCGUGUUCUGCGCGGCGGUCAUACCCGUACUCUUUCUCUCCUGUCACCAGUCCGAAAUGCACCAUCAUUUACGGUUCACGAAGAUAAUAGCAUCGACGUCCCACCGCCGACUCAGCAGGAGCCUCGCCAGCGGCCCGAAUCCCUCCAGGGCCCGCCGCUCGUAAAGCGAACAAGUUGGCAGCCUCGAACACAGCCUGUCCCUACUGGCGUGCCGCAGCUCGUGGAAGACUUUAAGCUUGGCCUACGCGCAUUUGUCGAGGAUAUUCGGCAGAUUACAGUUGGUGAUGAGCCAUCAAUCAGCCAAUCCUCCAAAACGGCGAGUUCGCAAGAACCGCUGAGCACCAGCCAACGGGAACCCAGCGCUGAAGCGGAACGGGCGAAGAGACGCUCGGCAACCCUGAGCAGCGAGCAAGUACACGGCGUAAUCGCUGCCCCUGCAAAAGCCAAGACGGUCAAGCAAAAGCAGUUUUCAUGGACGCCUCUCGGCUUUGACGCUCUCGAUGACGAUGAUUGGUCAAAUUGGGAUUCUCCAAUGUCCAAUAAGUCUACCCGAUGGAGUGGUUCAACAGCCCAUGGAGGUGCGACUGAGGAAAUAUACAACGCGGAAGCUGCAGAAGACGCGGAAACACCUCUUAAGGCUAGAAAGACUACAUCUAAUCCGCUACUGCCGCCAAAGUUUGAAGAAUUGCUUCCUAGCAUGGUAAACAAGCUCUCUCCGAGCAACAUUAAGCGAGCUACAAGCCACCUAAUGGAUGAAUGGGAGAAGUCGUUGAUCCCACCCGAAGAGCGAAACAAAGAAAACACACCAAAGAAUGCCGGAUCGGCGUUGAAUGAACCUUUGUGGCGAAGUUGCAUACACCACAACAGAGAACACGGAUUGGGACACUACACUUGAUUUAUAAACGCAUACACACUUGUUAUUUACAGCGUUGUUGGAACAGAUUGGAACAUAUGGAACCGUUAGCCACUGUGGUUGGCUAGCAUUGUCUUUUGUCAGACUGCUAGCAUGAUAUGAGGUUAACACGAAGCACAUGUAAAUGACAACGACAUAUAUGUAUAUUUGCUUUCUGGAUGAGGCGCAGAACUUUUGCAGUUUUGUACGCUUGUUGGAGAUUGAACGCUAUAUUUGAACGAAUGCUAGUAAAUUUACACUCACCAAUUGUCUAUCUUCAUCCUGUGUUACCUUUAAAGACCGGAGUAUAUAUACAGAUUCUCAAC